AACAAAUGACAACGGUUUUGCAAAAACAGCUUGUUAAGUGCAAUAAAAAAAGAGCACAAGCAUAUGUCACUGUAAAAACCUAGGUUAGAUUUAUGAAGGAGAUAAAUACUUUUUUUUUCUUUCUCCUUCAUAUGAACUCCUUCACAAGUUCCUCAAACACCCCAAUGACCUCAAUAGGAAGAAAUUACCUUUUGUUCAGGCUGAUUUGAAUCCCAUCUGUUUUCAGGUUCUAUUGUGUCUUCUCCCCUUUUUUUCCUCCCUCUCUCUGCUUCUAGUUCUCCGCCUCUCUCUUCCUCUCUCCAUCUGUUGUGAUUGGCUGCUUUUCUCUCAACGCUUUCUGCCGGUAUAAAUCACUGCUGGGGGAGGAGGAGAUACGUUCAGCUAGCUUUCUAAUGCUGAAAGACAACGCUAUAAAAACUCUGCUGGUCACAAUUACUCAGUUGCCUCUCUUCUGUAAUUGAGAAAAAACAAGUUGUGACUUUUGAAUUUUAAGAGUUUCAUCAUGUGUAAAGGACUUGCAACACUCCCUGCCACCUGCUUGAAAAGUGCUAAAGACAUCAAGCACAAAAUAAGCUUCUUACUACAGAAGCCUGAACCUCAAGCCGCAGAUCAGAAGGAGAUAAAGGAGAAAACUUCAACGGCUGAUAAAAAAAGAGUCCCUAACACUGCUGAGGUGGAGAAAUGGAAGGAGUCUUUCUGUCAUGUAAUGAGCAGUGAAAUGGGCCGCACAAUCUUUACCAGCUUCUUGAAGUCAGAGUUCAGCCAGGAAAAUGUUUACUUCUGGAUUGCUUGUGAGGACUACAAGAAGACUCCACCUUCCAAGAUGCCAACCAAAGCCAAGCAAAUAUACCAGCAAUAUGUUGAGGCUGAUGCUCCAAAUGAGGUAAACUUGGAUGCAGCUACUAGAGAAAAAACAAGGCGGGAAAUCGAGAGUGGUGGGCCAUCCUGUUUUGAUGAGUCUCAGAAGAUGAUCUACAAUUUGAUGGAAAAAGACUCUUAUAGAAGGUUCCUGAAAUCCCAAAUGAUUCAAGAAAUAUGUCAGAAAGAAAGUUGUGCUGCUCAAGAGAAGAAAGGCUGCGACUGGCCUGACAGUAGGCAGGUUUUAGCUGGUGGAGCCUAAACACUGCGGUGAAGUAAAGAUUUAAAGCAGGUGCCAAAGAUGGAAAGUGCAACAGAGAACUAGAUUGAGAGGGACUAAUUAUCAGAAAGAGUUUAUCCUUACUGGUGACUCAUGUAGGUUUAUAGAGGAUGAUUUUUUUUUUUUUUUUACUUAUUUAACUUGCUGUCAUUCACUUACAAAUUUUAGUAGUCACAUAUUUAAUGAAAUGUAAUGUUUUUCAUCUCUGAAUUCACAAUCUGCAGUGUUGUGGUUUUCUGGAGAGACUGCUGCAGACAGACCUUGCAUUGUAUUUCCAAUAAUAAUAAAAAAAACAAACAGUUUCCACAAAUAGUGACUCCAAAUUAUAACCCUUGUAGUAACCAUAGGUCAGACAUUAAAAUGGAUUACAAUCAAUCUACCUCCAACCAACAAACGAACCUUUAAAAAGUUCUUUACUUUGACAGACUUGAAAAAAGGUUGAAAAGGCAAGUAAGUUCCACAAACUGCUUAAACAUGUUCAGUUAAUGUUCACAUGGGGUCUGAAUUUUAAUGCAUUUCCAGCACAAAUUUAUUACAAAACUAAAACUUGAUUCAGUUUAUCAACCUGCCAAGAUACUCCUUUGCACUUUAGCAAUUUUUUGACUUUUCUUUGGAAUUUAAAAACUUCAGUAUUUCAGAUAUAGCUAAAAGCACUGUGCAAAUAUACAUUUUGUCACAGUGGUGUUUGAAUACAGCCCAGCAUAACAUUACAACAUUAUAUUUGUAUUGACAUAGACAAACAUUAAGUAUUAAAUAUUAAGUUGGUUGGUAACUAUUCACAAACAAAACAGUAUUACAACAUAAAAAUAUUGGUAUAGUGUACCUUAACUGAAUGCAAGAAACAUAAAGCCACUUGCUUCAAAAUGAGUUUUAGUGGCAACAGUAAACAGAAUGCAAGAUACAAACACUCUCUAUGGCUUAACAAUUUAAGUUUUUCAUUUUUAUAACCUCUUUUUAACACUAUAAUCAAUGUUCAUGGUGGCUUCUGCAAACAGCAAAUGAAUGUCUCUGAUGCCUGUUCUCAUUGCUUUGUAAUUCCCAAAAUUCAACAAAACUAUCAAUUGGCUGUGCUGCAUGAACAUCUUGACAUGAGCUCUACACUGUGAAAAUAGCUUAAUCUAAUAUCAGAAUGACAUAUUUUCAUGCUAUAUACUCUCCAAACAUUUUAGAUAAUAGCUAAUUGCUAACUGUUUUUUAUUGAGGUGUUUCCAACAUUUAUAUGUAAGCGAUGCUGCAUGGCCAAAAAAUGGAUGGUGACUUGCUAGAUAGAAAAGGAGCACACACAGAGAUAUGUGUUAAAUUACAAUGUAUACUGUGAUUUGAAAAACUAUUGACUGUGUAUGUUGAUAUUCAAUUAUUGUAUUGCCCUGUCUGUCUGUAACUAUUCAAAAUAAAGUUGUGCUUCAAAAGUU